AGGAGUCUCACCCUAGCAGCCUCCUAAUACUCAAUACCAAUUCAAAUUCAUGGUCCAAAACGAUACCCUGGAAUUGUCGUCCUUCUUCCUUCUCUUGUCUUCGGGUAUCUGACCCUCUCUAUCUCUCUCUCUCUCUCUCUCUACCACAGGCUUACAUCACACCCAUAUUUAUAUUCCACCAAUCUCUUUUCUUCUUACAGAUAAACUCCAAAAACUCCAUUACCAUAUCUCCACCCUUUUCUAACACUAACCGAGAAACUUCAAAUCACAUCACAGAGGGAAAAAAAAAAAAAAAAAAAAACCCAAAAAACAAAAAAGACAAAAAAAGGAGAGAAAAUCUGUGAUUUCCAGAAAAUUAACAAGCAAGAAAAAGGAAAAGAAAAACCAGACCCUUUGUCCCUUUUGUAAUUUAUACAAAAACCCAGAUACAAGUUUACACAAUCCCCGUGAUCUUCUUGAUGAUAUGGGUUUCAGGGAAGGCUCUCCGACCUCCAUAUCUCCAUUGCUUCUUCGAAACAUUUUGACUUCCAUCUUUCUCUACGCAGAUGACUCCUUCCUAUGCUUGGCCAAGAAAUACAAAUCCCUCGAACUCCUCCGCCAUUUGCUUAUCACUUCUUUCCUCUUCUUCCUCCGUCUCCUUCCUUCCCUCUUCCCUUCUCGCCUCAUCCCUCACCACCGUGAUGAGAAGGAAACCCAAUCCUCCCACCCUCUAAAUUACCCCCAAAACGACGCCGCCCACGUGCCCCCCACGUGCUCUGGCGAUUCCAGCAUCUCUCGCGCGCUUUCUCAGCUCCUCUCCAUCGCAAUUGAUAUUCCGGUCAGCUCACGCAAGUACGAGGUGGUUCGGUCUUUGGCCGACCGGAUUAUCGACGAGAACAACAGGGAGGGUUUCGGUGCUCUUCGUGAUGUUAACCGGACUGUUCUCUCGGAGGCUUUUGGUCGGACUCUUGCUCAGCUUGAAGCCGCCGUUUUGAACGAGCGAGCCGGCGAGGAGAGUGGUGGUGGUGGUGGUCGGAUUGGGGGUUUUGAGUUCGGCCGGUUGAACCGGGUUGUGAAGGCGGUUCGGUCUUUUGGGGCUGGGAAAGUCAGAGAGGGAGCGAACCGCUCUGGUGGCGGUAGUGGUGGUGGGUCGGCGGAGAAACUGGCGGCCGAGUUGCUUUGGUUGGCUCAGAAGCUGGCUGGGUGUGGAUUUGUGGAAGAAGCUGUUAGGAAGUGGGCGGCUGCUUCUAAUUUGGCUUGGCUCGCUGUUUCGGGUGAGCCGCGGCUGCAGGGCUCCCUUGUCAAGCUUUCAGCAUUCAUGUUCAAGCAAGCCAAAGACAUGAAACUGGAUAACGAAGCUGACGAGGAGGAGGAGAAGCAGGAAGUGAAGCAAAUAAAGAUGCAGAUGCUGCUGUCAUGGCUGCCAUUACUAUGCAGGGCUAGCAAUGGCACCGAUGCACCUGUUCUGAGCAUUGGUGAAAGGGCGGAGCUCGAGAGAGUGCUUGAAGAAACCAUAGAGAAACUGGAAGAAGAGGAGCAACAAGAGAAGGUGUUGACCCUUUGGCUUCAUCACUUCACAUAUUGUCCCUCCUCUGACUGGCCAAACCUCCAUGCCUCUUAUGCACGCUGGUGCGAUGCUUCCCGGAAGCUCUUGCUCCAUCAAUGACGGUGAAAAUUUCUGCAGGUAGCUCGUGAACGAAGGCCAAUGUAUAUUUAUGCUUUUGUCGAUUUCUCGAAGGACAAUGGUUUUGGUCCCGUGGAUUGGAGGACAACCUAAUGUGGAAAUGACUUUCCUUCGGCAAGGUCUGGAGCUUGAAUACUCCAAGCUGGGAAGCGCUGGGAGAAACAAAAGGAAAAAGGAAGUAUUAAAUAUAAAAAAAAAAAAAAAAAAACCUUCAUGCGUAUGUAUCUAAAGAUAUAUGAUUAGAUUUAUUAAUUAAUAAAAUACAAAAAACUUACAUAGUCUACUUGAAAAUCGUUUCCAUUCUGUUUCUAUUUAUUGUAUAUUUGUGUAUUAUGAUAGAAGGAAGAAGAUUUAUUUUUUUA